AUGUAUUGUCUUCUUCUGCUUGGUUCAGUAUCAGGAGGAGGUCAAUGGACUAGGGCUCCGCCCGCUCCGCCACCAGGUUCAGUGAGUGGCGUGGUGGGUAGUGGGGUAUCACUCGGUGUUACUGGUGUCAGCGCUUCUAGAGGCAGGCGACCCACUCAGAGGCACUCUGCUGCUUCGUCGGCUAUGCAAAUGCCUCACGCGGGUAUAUCUGCAGCGGCCGUUCAAGCGUUGGCGAAUGGCUGGAACUUGCCUGGAGCGCUGACUCAAGCUCAGACCCAGCAAGUCUUGAGGCUUGCACAGGCUCAAGUGGCCCAGGCACAGGCCGCAGCGCGGUACAACAAUGCGGCAAUAGCAGCCGCCGCCGUUGCUUCCAUGCCGCAACAUCGCUCGUCACAUGGACGCACCGUACAGGUAAACAUACAUACUUACACAUAAACAUAUAUACAUUCAUACACACACACA